UUCAAGGGUUGCUUUUGUAAUCCUGAUAAUAGUAAUAAUAAUGAUCAAAGUUGAUUAAAGUUGGUGGUUAUAGAGAGAAAAACAGAGCAAAGUUUCUAAAGUUGCUUUCUUUUAUCUUUGUCGAUGUUAGUUUGUAGUAAACUCUGCGUCUCUCUCUCUCUUCCUUAACUUUGAUAUUGUUUUUUUCUUAUUUCUUUCUCCUUUAUUCACGCCGCUCUCACUUCCAAUCCCACACCUUCCUUUUUCUUUUCUUUGUUUCUUUUUUUCCUUCCAUUUGGUAAACCAAAAACAAGAACAAACAACCAAAAACUUCCUUUCUUUCUUUCUUUAUUUCUUUAUUUCCACAAUCUCCAUAUACCAUCACGAUCAUAACACUUGCAGCUUCAGAUUCUCUUCUGUUUCUUUCACAAGACUUGGAAACAGAAAUGUCUGAAUUUUCUAUAUCUUCAACCACUUCCAAGAAAACUCAUUUCUCAAGUCUUCUUCUCUCUGACUUAUUGCUCUUCUGUUCUUUCAUUUUGUCUCACCCUCUUUAUUUCUUCUACUUCAUCUUCUUCUCCCCUUACCUUUUCAGGUUCCUCUCUUUCCUCUCUCCUCUCUUCAUUACCACCUUUCUUUUACUCUUAGUUUUCCUCACUGUUUCUCCUAAUCUCGUCCAUGACAAUUUGAGUACAGAAUUGUCUGAAUCCAAAGUGAGUUUUCUGCUUGGAACAUACCAAACUGUUGUAGAGAGAUUACGGUCUAAAGUAGAAGAACAUGGGAAUCCGGAGCUUAAUCAGUUUGAGGAGCUAGAAGUGUAUAAGAUUGUGUUCGACACAUCAGAUUUUGAUAUUGGAGAAAAUCCAAUUCAAGUUCUAGAGUCGGACGCUAAAGAAAACUGUUUGACAAGCGAUGCCACGCAGGUUAAGAACAAUUCAAGCAGUGAAGAUUCUGGUAAUGAAAAUUUAGUUGUGAUUACAAGGUCAGAGAGUUCUCAGCUAAUUGCGGAAGCAAAGCCAUUAGGAGUCUUCUUGCAUCAAAAGGAGGAGUUUGAAGAAUUGGCAAGCAAAAAGGAAGCAAAAGAUGUCAAGCCACUGAGCAGCAACUUCAAUAAAGUAGAGAGCGAGCAGAAAGAAGAACCGUACAUGAGAAGUGGAUCCAAGGCAAUGGGUUAUAAACUAAGGGAUGCUAAAAUAAGUGCUGAUGAUGGUGGAGAGUGCCUUUCGAGAAUGAAUUCCCAAAAACUAGAUUCAAAUCCUUGGAGUAGUCCUGACAAUGGUGGAGAGUACAAUUCCAAAGCGAUGAACAAUUCUCAGACUAUGGGAGCGAAUCUUGGAAGCUUUGGAUCAAUGAGGAAGGAAAAAGAGUGGAGAAGGACAUUGGCGUGCAAACUAUUUGAAGAGAGACACAAUGCUGAUGGAGGUGAAGGCAUGGAUAUGCUUUGGGAGACAUAUGAGACUGAUUCCAUAAAAGUACAAGGAAAAAGCAAAUCAAAGAAGGGAAAGAAAGGAAACAUCGAGCGUCAUCAUGAUGAUGAUGUCGAUGAUGAAGAUGAAGAUGAACUGAGCAAUGGGCAACUCUGUUGUUUGCAGGCUCUCAAAUUCUCUGCUGGGAAGAUGAGUUUGGGAAUGGGAAGGCCUAAUCUUGUCAAGAUCUCUAAGGCCUUGAAAGGGAUUGGUUGGUUGCACCAUGUGACCAAGGGGAAGAAGGGUUACCGUUAAUAUAAUUUAAUCAAGAUUAUAACUUGUAUUAAUUAAUGUUUAAUGGCUCAACAAAUAUAUUUAUUUUUGUUAUAGGAUCAUAAAGUAAAUAUGUUAUUCUUGUACUUUUGCUUGAAAUGUAGCCUUCUGGGUCUUCAAUCCAAACUUAAUUGGCA